GUGUCGGACUCGUUCAUCACCAAGAUAAUCCGCAAGGCCGCUGCGAGCCUGGACAGCAAUCCAGCGGAGUUUAGUACCCACUCCCUCCGCGCCGGGGGAGCGACACACAUGUACCGGGCCGGAGUUGACGCCCUGACGAUCCAAUUCCAUGGACGAUGGGCGUCCGAUACAUUCAAGCAGUAUACAAGA